AUGCUCCCCCAGAUGCGCCCCCUCCCUUCCCGCCCAGCCAUCCACGCCGUCCACCGGCGCACCUCCCCCGCGCCGCCCUCUAUCGGCGGACUUGGGCAGCAUGGCCGAGUGGCCCUCGUGAGGACGACCAAGGCCGUGGUAUGCCGCUCCGUCGCCAGCCCGGCAGCGAAUCAGGGGGCGCCAGCGGUGGAGAGGCCUUGGAAGCUUAGCGACGCUCGCCUCGUUCUCGAGGACGGCUCCGUGUGGAAUGCUAAAUCCUUCGGUGCUUCCGGGACUCAAGUAGGCGAGGUGGUUUUCAAUACCUCAUUGACAGGGUACCAGGAGAUUUUGACUGAUCCUAGCUACGCCGGUCAGUUUGUUUUGAUGACCAACCCUCAUAUUGGGAACACCGGCGUUAACUCUGGUGACGAAGAAUCCAUAAAAUGCUUCCUUGGUGGCUUAAUCAUAAGGAACCUAAGUAUAUGUACUUCCAACUGGAGGUGCACAGAAACACUUGAUGAAUAUUUGAGAAAGAGGAACAUUAUGGGCAUAUAUGAUGUGGACACACGUGCAAUAACACGCAGGUUAAGAGAAGAUGGCAGUCUCAUUGGUGUUCUAAGUACCGACCAGUCUCUCAAAGACGAGGGAUUGUUGGAAAUGGCCAAAAAUUGGAAAAUUGUUGGUGUUGAUUUGAUAAGUGAUGUUACAUGUGAUGCUCCAUAUGAAUGGGUAGACAAGACCGGUUCAGGAUGGGAGUUCAACGACAAUCAGUCAAGUGAAACUUUUCAUGUCGUUGUGUAUGAUUUUGGAGUGAAGCAUAACAUUUUGAGACGCCUGGCAUCAUAUGGAUGCAAAAUAACUGUUGUUCCAGCAAGCUGGCCUGCUUCGGAUGUACUUAAUUUGAAGCCUGAUGGUGUUCUUUUUAGUAAUGGCCCUGGUGACCCAGCUGCAGUUCCAUAUGCCGUGAAAACAGUACAAGAAAUAGUAGGGAAGGUUCCAGUAUUUGGUAUCUGCAUGGGCCAUCAAUUGAUCGGGCAGGCUCUUGGUGGAAAGACGUUUAAAAUGAAAUUUGGUCAUCACGGAGGAAACCAUCCAGUUCGUGACAACAGGACCGGACGUGUAGACAUCAGUGCACAGUAUAUUUUGCCAAAUUGUAGUGAUAGUCAGGUAUGCGUAACUUUGAACCAUAACUAUGCUGUGGACCCUAAAUCGCUCCCGGAAGGAGUACAAGUAACACACAUCAACCUAAAUGACCAGAGCUGUGCUGGUCUUGUGUUCCCCAAGAUGAAGCUUAUGUCUCUCCAGUACCAUCCGGAGUCCUCCCCAGGGCCCCAUGACUCAGACUUGGCGUUUGGUGAAUUUGUGGAGCUGAUGAAGAACAACAGAUUGUGA